AUGGAAGCGUUCAUCAGAGAUUAUAACAGACCCAGCCGCAUCACCAAGCAGGAAGAGGACUCCAUCCUCGUCUCCGCCUUCAAGCACGUCAUUUCCGGCGGCGCCGACGGUCUCACCCCCGAACAAUUAACCCUCCUCUUCUCCUCUUCUUCUUCCUCCUCCGCCGCCACCGCCGCCGCCGCCGCUCCGUCUUCUUCCUCCUCGUCUGGCGCAACCUCCUCCUCCUCCCUCCCGUCGUGCAGCGGCGGGAUCGCGAAGAAGAAGGCGAGGAAGAACAGGUACAGAGGGGUGCGGCAGCGUCCCUGGGGGAAGUGGGCGGCGGAGAUUCGGGACCCGGAGAAGGCCGCCAGGGUCUGGCUCGGGACGUUCGAGACGGCGGAGGAAGCCGCCAGGGCGUACGACAGGAAGGCCAUCGAGUUCCGCGGGGAACGCGCCAAGACCAAUUUCCCGGCGGCCGAGUACGCCGGGAAUCGGAGGUCGGCGGCGGCUGGGGCUGAAUUGGUAGCCGGCGGCGCUACUCAGGAGACGCGUCCUGUUCAAGAAGCGGUGGCAACGGCGGCGGCGGCGACGACGAACCGGGACGAGGGAGGAGUUGACGACCUGUUGUUCGGGAAUUUUGAGGAGGACGAGCUUCGGAGGUUGAUGAUGAUGGAUUGA